AUGGACCAAGAAGAGGCUCCACCACCCCCGUACUCGCCCGUCGAUCCAUUACUCGCGCCAGCGAACAGCCGAAACAACAGCUCUUCUCAGGCCCCAGUUCCUCCUGGGGCUAGCGUCUCCCCGACGCAGGAUGCCAGUAGUUCUCGCGUCCCAUCACCGCCGACAGUGGUGCCGACGCAUUUCAGAUCCGCCGCUGCGUACUUUGAGGAACGGCUUCCCUCGGUGUUAGACGAGAGCCGGGAUAUUCUGCACCAUCAUAUGACCAUCUACCCCCGGAGCCAAGCUAAAGAUUUCCCGCGGCGGCCGCGGUGCUGGGCCUCACGGUUAGAUGAGAUUACCCAGCAGGACUGGGAUACCUUCUUAAAGUAUCUAUUUCCGCCACAAUUAGGGCUCGCCGCAUCCUCUCAGCAUCUCCCGCGCCAAUUACGAGCGGAAAUUAGACGAGACCGCAAAGACCGCCCACAGGAGACUGAUGAGCAACGGAAAGCUCGAAUCGCUGCCGUUGUCACCGAAUGGAACGAAUGUUUCUUCGGGUACCGCGCGACUCAGAUUGUCUUUAUCUAUGUAGGCGAACCUGAUUCUGCGCCAUCGUCCGCUUUAUGCCCCCGAUGCUAUCCAGCUGCAACGGGGUCGAUAGACAGCCAGCCAGUUCGAAAUUCAAACGCUCCGUUGCCGGUGCCUGGGCACGUUCCUUCGCCGACCCCUUGGCCAAUGCCUCCUCCUAUGUUCAACAAUCCCCAAGUAUAUGUGCCUCCUUCUCCUUCCCCGUAUGGGGCUUAUGGUGUUCCUCCAUACCCUCCCCCCAUAGCUCCUAAUCAACCACCUCAAUAUUACCCCCAUCCACCACAAGCCGCAUGGCAAUGGAACAAUUGGAACCAUCCCCAGCAGCAACCGCAGUAUCACAACAAUGGCGUGUCCAAGGGCGGGUCCCGUGGGUGGAUUUCACAGCUGGCAUCACAAGCCCAGAAAUAUGGAGAGCGAUUUAGCGAACAGGCGCAACAAUAUGGGGACCAAAUCACUGCACAGGCACAGCAUUAUGGACGGCAGGUUGAGGAGCAAGCUCUUGCACAUGGCCGCUGGAUUGAAGAACAGGCAAGACUUCAUAGCCGGAAAGCACCAAUGGCUGGACCUCCGUAUGGUGGUGGCUAUUACCCCCGCCCGGCCUGGGACUCCUCGCCUCGUCCCGUGGCCAACGUCCCAAUAGCACCCAUUCAAAGCCCCAGCCCUGUGACAAGUCCUAAUCCGACGAGUCGGCCUGAGACGAACAGUCAGAUCGAUAGCAACAAACCCAAGCCCCUAGCAGAUCAACUUCUGAUAGAGCCUCCCGCCACCGAACGCAUGAGACGGUUAUCAGUGAGCUCAGUCUCAUCCGAGUCCUCCUUCAGCUCAAUUGACUCCAUCUCGACAACAUCGGACUUGGGUGUUUCAGACCUUGCUACAGUGCGCACCCAGCUGGAACUUCUAGACGAUCGUCAUGAUCGGGUGUUAUAUGACGCCGCCGUCGAUCUUCGCCGGCAACUGUCAGUCCUGCAAGAGUCCCGCAGAGAAGCCAAGUUCUCCGGUAAAAACAACUGGCGAGCUGGUUUCAACCAAAGCCAGCAAAACAACCAACAAUCUAGUGCCGCGGACUGGGGUCGCUGGGACUCACCCGAGCAGCAGCAACGCAAUUCGAUUGACAGACGUGCAAUGAAAGAAGAAAUGCGCGCUACUAAGAAAGCAUUCCGAGAUACGCUGCGCCGAGCACGGGACGAGCAGCGCGAACGCCGCCGCACUCGACGCCGCCAGGUCCGACAAGCUCGCGCUAAUGACGGCGAUAAGGCAAAAAAUAUGUAUGACCAGCCUCUAGAUCAGCAGCUUGGGACGUUGCGGCUGGAGGAUUCUCGGCAGUCUAACCCGCCUUUGCCUGUGCGUCCAGUCAACACACAAACGCAGCCUAGUCCGGUCUCUACGCCGACUAGCUCGAGUGUCGGCUUUGGAUUUGCUUCCAAUCCCCCAUCUCCUGCUGGUUCACGGCCCAGUACGCAGGAGUUGACAUCUACUGAUGACUCCGCCGCUGCGAGGAAAGGGAAGCCGACUGAUACACCGAGUCGGUUAAAGGACAUGCUCUUACCACGCAAGGCGAAGAAGUAUGAUGAUGCGGGAAGUAAAUGA